ACACUUUUAGUUUAACCUUACAAUGUGACAAUUAAAAAAUUAAAAUAGUAAAAAUUUCAAAACAACCUCUUCAAAUAAUUUCUAAUCAAGAUAGAUAAAAAAUGACAUGUGUUUAUGAUUUUUCACGAGGAAAUGGCACUGGAGUUGUAGAAGCUAUCGGAAAUUGGGGAUUUUCAAAUAGAGUAACCAGCAGUGGCAAUGAACUCCAAAGAGUAAAAAAUAUUUUUUCGCAAAUGGACCGUUUACGUGGCAAGAAACCAACGUUGUGUGUGAAAUACGAUUGUAGAAAUGAUCCUGAAGCUCGGCAUGUAAAACCAAGUCCUCACGAAUGUAAACCGGCCUGGACUUUUCCUUCCAAAAGGCCAUUAAUCACUUAUAGUUCAACUGCUGAAAUUAUGGUUCGAUCAAAUUUAACAGACUGUCUUCCUGACCUGGCUUACCCAAUGCCUGGUCGAAGUUACUACAUCCAGGGUUCGGAUAAAUGGUAUCGAAGAGGACCUGAUUGCUGUCCCCAGCCAAGUUGUUUGGCAACCCAGUGUCCAAGGCCUUACCAUUAAAUAGUUGAGCUCAAGACUUCAUCCGAAUACUCCAUCUUGUAAUUUCUGUUUUUCAUUAAUUAAAAAGAAAUUCAGCAAUCAUUUUUGAAAUAAAUGUUACCUAUAGGGACUUGUUAAAAAUUAAAUU